AUGUUGACUCUGGACCGUUCCGUUUACACCGGCAAUCUCAGUCCACACAUAUCUUGGCCCACCAAGUUGCAAUUGAAGUGGCAUGACAAAUACGGCACCGUCGUUCGCAUCGGACCCAACCAUCUCUCGUUCACCGAUGCUAGAGCAUGGAGAGACAUUUAUGGACAUCGCACCGGACCGGGAAAGCAGGAAUUUUCCAAGUCGCGGGUGGCCGUCGGCCUUAGCAUGAGAGUGUCGACGCAUAUCGUCAACGCUGGCAUCGAGGAUCAUUCACGGCUCAGGAGAGCGUUGAGCCAUGGGUUCAGCGACAAAGCUAUCCGUUCGCAAGAGCCUACUAUAGUGAGACACGUUGAUAAGCUGAUUCAUGGUCUAAGGUCACGGUCAGUUGGUCACUGGCAGGAGGAUUUGACAGAUGGGCAUGCUCUGAAUCUGGAGGAAUGGUUCAAUUGGACCACUUUCGAUGUCAUUGGUGAACUCGUUUUCGGAAUGUCCUUUGGGUGUCUGGACAGGUUUGAGUACCACCCUUGGGUCUCCUCCUUUCUUCAGUCUUUCCCUGCGACCGCAGCCAACCGUGCGCUACAUUAUGUCAGGCUAGGGUGGGUGGCCAGCCUGAUUUUCAAGACGACUGGAUGGGGAGGCAAGGCCAUGAGGGAUAUGGGAGCUCACACUGAGGCCAUGGUUAGGUUCCGGCUUGGCAUGGGGGAGGAACCACGGGAUGAUCUCCUUGAAGGACUAAUAAAAAAACAAGAUGAGUGGAAAACUUCCUUUGAAGAGCUCUCGGCCAAUGCCAUGAUCUUGACUAUAGCCGGGUCCGAAACUACUGCCACGCUUUUGUCUGGGUGUGUCUUUCUGCUUCUCGCGCACCCCGAAAAAUUUGACAGAGUGAAGUCAGAGAUUCGAUCUGAAUUUCAAGACGAGAGUGAGCUCACUAUAACAUCGAUAAACCGACUGCCUUACAUGCUUGCGGUGCUUAACGAGGCACUGCGACUCUACCCGCCCAUCACGUCAACAUUGAUUCGGGAUGUUCCCAUUGAAGGUGAAUACGUCGCGGGCAAUUUUGUCCCCGGCGGUGUAAUGGUCGAGGUUCAGCCCUGGUCUAUAAAUCACAGCGGGGAAAACUGGGAUAGGCCGUGGGAGUUCCGUCCGGAGAGGUUCUUGGACAAGGGUACCGCCAACGUACUGGAAGCUCUGCAGGAUUUUAGCUACGGCCCGCGAAACUGUCUUGGCCGCAAUCUUGCCUUUGUGGAGAUGCGAUUCAUACUUGCCCGUCUAGUGUACAACUUCGACCUCACCCUAGACCCUGAAAGCCACCGAUGGAUCGAGCGCCAGAAGAAUUUUAGUGCUCUUUGGACACGAAUCCCAUUGAAGGUGAUCGUCAACCCUGUGAGAACGACAAAUACGUAA